CAGGAAGCUGUGUUGACAAAGUAACGCGAGACACUCUUGCGUAAUCAGCUGUUCUUUGUAGUCUGCCUUCGACAUCCGAAGUAAAUCUUUUCAUUACAUCAGUUUAUAUUCAGUAAAGUGAAGAGACAGAUAAUUGCUGAUAUUCGUUUUUCAGGAGAACGAACAUUUUGAAGCUGCCAUGAGAUAUUGUAUAAUAAUCAGUUUAGCUAUACUGCAGGUUUCAAUAGCUCUUAGUUGUGUUCGAAGAGGGGCGGAGUGUCCAGAUUAUAACGUGAUCAAUGUUUUCCAUGGUUACGAGGAGAGAGAAUAUCCACCAACCACGUGGAUAAUGACGUCAGUACAAGCAACAAACUACAGAGAACUGGGCUCUGAGCUUUAUACGAAACUCAGAUCCUACCUGAAAGGAAACAAUGAUCAAGGUUUAAGCUUCAACAUGACCACGCCAGUACGUACUCGUAUUGACCAGGGGACUUGUGCAACGUGUGCCUCGACCUAUAGUAUGUCCUUCUUCUUACCCAGAGCACUACAAAAAGACCCACCAAAACCGUUAGAUCCGAGUGUCAAUGUUCUGGUUGAACCAAAAACUCGUUACUUUGUCAGUAUUUUCGAUGGUUUCGCAUCUUACGAAGACUGGAUUCGUCACGCUAACAAGCUAGCCCUAAAACUGGAUGAGAGAAAUGAUAUGGAAAAAAAUUACUACUAUACAGCCGAGUACGAUUCACCUCGACGGCGCUCAAGACGGCGAAAUGAAGUUUGGAUGGAAGAGAAGAAAAUCAAACAUAAUUAAAAUAUACCCCUUUAAUU